CCAGACUGCGUGGCGAGCUAAGCCGAGAGGACAUGGGUGGUUGCCCUCGGAGGAACGCCUGUUUGCCAAUGCUUUCGCAUCUGGACCCAGGCUCCGCCGGCUCAGGAGUUCUGUAGCUGGAUCACCUAGGAAAAGAAAUUCAAAAGCCUUAAGAAGAAAGCAUUUCAACUUGUGAUAUUUAAUUUGCAGCUGGAAAUGGGGAAUGGACUGUCAGACCAGACUUCUAUCCUGUCCAGCCUGCCUUCAUUUCAGUCCUUCCACAUUGUUAUUCUGGGUUUGGACUGUGCUGGAAAGACAACUGUACUGUACAGACUGCAGUUCAAUGAAUUUGUAAAUACCGUACCGACCAAAGGAUUUAACACUGAGAAAAUUAAGGUAACCUUGGGCAAUUCUAAAACAGUCACUUUUCACUUCUGGGAUGUAGGUGGUCAGGAGAAAUUAAGGCCCCUGUGGAAGUCCUACACCAGAUGCACGGAUGGCAUUGUUUUUGUUGUAGACUCUGUUGAUGUUGAAAGAAUGGAAGAAGCUAAAACGGAACUACAUAAAAUAACUAGGAUAUCAGAAAAUCAAGGCGUCCCUGUACUUAUAGUUGCUAAUAAACAAGACCUAAGGAAUUCAUUGUCUCUCUCAGAAAUUGAGAAAUUGUUAGCAAUGGGUGAACUGAGCUCAUCAACUCCUUGGCAUUUGCAGCCCACCUGUGCAAUCAUAGGAGAUGGACUGAAGGAGGGACUUGAGAAACUACACGAUAUGAUACUUAAAAGAAGAAAAAUGCUGCGGCAACAGAAAAAGAAAAGAUGAAUAGUAAUACCUUUUAUGUUUGUGUGGAGUAGGUUUUCUCUGGUCUGAUUUUGACAAAUGGAAGCGUAUCUGCAGCCUGGAUUGCCUGCCUGCCCUCCUGGAUGCUGUGAAAGCUUUGUUUUGUUGAACACUGAGAUGCCCAACGCUCUUGCUUUGUGGAAGAGGAGUAAAUGCAAUGCUUCUGAAAGAGGUCUCGGGACUACCGUUUUUGGAAGCCAAGCAAGGAGAGUAAAUUCACCAGGAAACAAUUGUGGAAAUUUGACCAGAAGUUAGUGAAAUAAACAUUGAAGAGUGUCUACCUAGUGUUGUGCUUAUAUCUUUUGGGGUGGGGGUGGAGUCCUGUGAAAGGGAUUUGCAUACAAGGCUUUGUAAGUUAAUGUUGAAUGCUAAUGAAUGGAAAUGUUAAGGUAAAAUACCCACACACACAGUUAUAUGAGUCCCAUCAGUCCCUUUUUUUGAUGUAAGGGACAAGAAAGAGGUGUUUGCUUUUUUUACAAUUUUGGCCAAAUGAUUUUUUAACAGUUUUUGGAAUCACAUAAUUUAAUGCUAUGUCUUAAUUCUAGAUGCUUUUAAGUUGGCUUAAGCUUAAAACAAUCAAAAAUAAGUAAUUGGCAUAUUCAAGUGCAUGCUUAAGUUUUCCUGACAAAGCAUGUUUUAGUGUGUAGUCUUUAGAAAUAACUAUGCAUCUUUUACAUGGUCAGGUUUAAAACACCUUUUGGGGGUUUAGGUAUGUCAUAGAAAUAGUUUGCUGUCAGAAGCACUUUCACUUGAAUAACCUAAAAUAAUUUACUUCUAUAUAGUAAAUUUGGAUAUGUAGAUGCAUAUAUGUAUGGAUUUAUGAAGUAAUUGAUGAAUUCAAUCAGAAGGAUGAACUUGUGAUAUAUGGCCUCAAUUUGUUAAGAAAUUGUUGUCUUAUUAAUGUAUAUACUUGAGUGUAAGCUGACCUGAAUAUCAGCUAAUACUAGUCAGCUGAGGCACCUAAUUUUACCACAAAAACUGCAUAAAAAAUGUGCUGAAAAAUCUGGCUUAUGCUUGAGUAUAUAUGGUCAUUGCUGGCUGAACACAGAUGUAGUUUUUCACAUAUUUUUGUAGUGUUUGAGGAGGAGCAAAAGCUUUAGAAACCACUUGCUGCACUGUGGAGUGAAAAUAUUAAAAAAUGUCCUAUGUGUGCACUAAGCUUUAAGUUUUUGUUUACAAACUGAUCAGUGUUACAUGGGCAGUCCAAUCCUGGUUAUAGGAAAGAAAAAGUGGUUGAAAACUACAGUGAAGAACUUUAAAGAAAACGGCAAAUGUCUAUUUUAUUAGUUACUCGGUGCUGUUUACAUUGGAGUAAAUUUAUUAUAAUGGAACACCUUUACCAAAUCCUCUCUAGGCAAAGACUUCCUGGUUUUCCAUUUGUUACUUCCAAUGUAGUUCCAUAUAUUAACAAAUCAGCAUUUCGAUGUGUAAAGCCAACAGCUGUUCUGAAGAUAACUAAAAGAAAUACACUUCAGUAGCAGAGUUUUGGCUUUGACUUCUAUGGUUCUUUUUUGUUUUUAUUGACGCAGCUGAGUUUUUGGAAACUUGAUUCUUGUUACAAAAUGAAGUAGCCUCCUGUGGAGCUUUCAUUUGUUAACUGUACCUGUACUAGUGACAGUCACUUAGAAUGUUUAUAUUUCUAGAAAUGUGGAUAAUCUAACUACCAAUAAACUACCUGAGGCACUAGGAGAUCA